AUGCCCCUAGGUGUAUCAUUAAGAGAAUAUUUAUUUAUUGUAUCAACCUCCUUUUUAUGUAUGGCUAUGGGUUCUUGUUGUGUCCAUUUAAUUAUGAAACCUGAAAUGAGAAAAGUUGAUAUUUCUAAGCAUGUAGAACAUAGAAAUGAAGCCAUAAAAGAAGUGCAGAAAGAUAUAAUAAAAAGUAAAACGUAG